UUUCCCGUCUGACCGCAGCUAUAGCCUCCCUUUGGUAGGGAUCGGACUCUAUGAAAGACGCUGCGAUUCAAAGAAAGGAGGCGGAAGGUCUGUACUUCCCACACGGCGGCUGGCCAAAUCGCCUGUAACAACAUUUGUACAGGCAUAUGGUGGGACAACUCAGGCGUCCCUGGAGCCGGCGAGGACCCUGCAGGGGCCUGGGGGCGGGGCCUGAGCCAGCCUCUCCAGCCGCCGGUCCUUUGAGGACUCCACCGUCUGCUUCGUGGCCGUCAGUUUCAGUGUGCAGCGCCUUCCAGUCUUCAGCAUGCCUGGUCCGACCCCCAGUGGCACUAAUGUGGGCUCGUCGGGGCGCUCCCCCAGCAAAGCAGUGGCCGCGCGGGCGGCUGGAUCCACGGUCCGGCAGAGAAAAAACGCGAGCUGUGGAACAAGGAGCGCGGGGCGCACGACCUCAGCAGGCACGGGGGGCAUGUGGCGAUUCUACACGGAAGACUCCCCUGGGCUCAAGGUCACUAGCCAAAGGUCGUCAAUCAAGAUCACCUCAGGACUACAAAAUGACUGCUGCAGCACCGGUCAUUACAUCCAUGUUCCAGGCAGAAAAAGAUGGAAGACCAACAAGGAACCUGCCUACGUAGCCCCAUUUUCAGGAAGCAUUUCCAGAAAUCUUACCUAGUUUCUUCCUUUAUACCAUUGACCAGAAGGUGGUCAUAUGGCCACUUGUAACUGGAGGGGAGGCUGGGAGAUCUAACUUUUCAGCCAGGCACAUUGCUACCUCCAACAAAAUCAGGGCCCUGUGUAAGUAAGAAGAGAGGAAUAAACUUUGGGUAGGCAAACCAGCAAUGGCUGCCAGAACCCCCAACUCUGUUCUGGGCCUCCCUUUGCAUAGCCCAUGACUCACUGCAUUAAAACUAAGAGGCCAUCACAUGGCUGAAGGGAGGGAGUGGAGCACAAGCAAUGAUUGGAUCUUUCAUCUGCUGUCUCCACUAAAAGUCUCUGAAAGUGGAAGGGCUGGGGGGGAGAUUUAUUUAUUUCUUUAUCCCUCCUCCCACCCCAGUAUGAAAAUGACCACCUUGCUUAGAACAGAAGAGGUUACGGUUGCCUUUGGUUUCCUCUUGUGCCGCCAAGGAUUGUCUGAGUGUCACCAUGUCUCCUAAAGCUGCCUGCUCAGCUGAAGAAAGGGGUUUUCUUUCCUUUU